UUAUCAAGAAAAGUCGUGGAAUUGCUAGGUAUAAGCAAUAUGUGUUUCUGACAUUUCUUUAAAACAUAAACAAGAUUCAAAGCUUUUCUUUCUUAUAAUAUGUGCAUGAGUACAGAUUCUGUCUUUGCAUGGACGUUAUUGUUGAGAAUAGUUUAUGCAUUUAAGUUCAUUCUCUCUCUCUCUCUCUUUCUUUCUCGUUCGAAGAGGACAACCCCCGAAUUUGAUCAUUUCAUAUCAUUCUUUCAGUAGCAGCAGAUGUCCGACUCUAAGGGACUCAACAAGAAUAAGUACAUAUUCUGUUUCUGUUUCAGGAGAAUAUUCAAGGACAGGCUGCUUGAGCCUCCUCAAGAUGUCAAGGACCUCUUCGAACAAUACUCGCAGAAUGGCAUCAUGUCCCCCGUGGACCUCCUCAAGUUUCUAGUUGAGAAACAAGGAGAAGAAGAUGCUAAAGCUGGAGAUGCUCAGGCCAUCUUCAACAGUCUCAAGCAUCUCAAUAUCUUCCAAAGGAAGGGCCUUGAUCUUGAAGCCUUCUUCAGAUAUCUUAUCGGCGACCUUAACGUUGCUCUUUCUCCAACCCCUAAGAAGCUCCAUGACAUGACUGCCCCAUUGUCUCAUUAUUUCAUCUACACAAGCCAUAACACCUACUUGACUGGAAACCAACUCAGCAGUGACAGCAGUGAUGAACCCAUCAAAGCUGCCCUACGACAAGGUGUCAGAGUCAUUGAAUUGGAUUUGUGGCCUAGUUCCAAGAAUGAUAAUGUGGAAGUUCGCCAUGGAGGGACUCUUACUGCGCCGGUGGACCUCAUCAAAUGUUUACAUAUUAUUAAGAACAAUGCCUUUAUUGCAUCUGAAUAUCCUGUUGUGAUAACAUUUGAAGAUCACUUAACAGCACAUCUUCAGGCAAAGGUGGCCAAUAUGGUCACUGAAACAUUUGGAGAGAUGCUCUUCUGUCCCAAAUCAGAUCAAAUGGACAAAUUUCCUUCACCAGAAACGUUGAAGAAAAAAAUUUUAAUUUCAACUAAACCACCAAAAGAGUAUCUUGAGAGUCAUAAGAGCAGAGAAAAAGCAACUCGACAAAAGUCAAGAAAAUCACCGAAGAAAGAACAGUCGGAGGAUGAGAAGGACCAGCUAGGUGAGCAAGACCACCUUCCAGAUGAAGACGAAGAGAAUACAGCUUCUGAAUACAGGAAUGUUAUAGCCAUUCACGCAGGAAAACCGAAAGGUCCAUCAGAGAACUGGCUAAGCAUCGAUCCAAACAGAGUUAGACGUCUCAGCUUGAGUGAGCAAGAACUAGAAAAUGCUGCAAGAACACAGGGAGAAGAAAUUAUCAGAUUUACUCAGCAGAACUUUCUGAGGGUAUAUCCGAGAGGUAUUCGACUUGAUUCUUCUAAUUACAACCCCUUUGUUGGGUGGAUGCAUGGAGCUCAAAUGGUAGCAUUUAAUAUGCAGGGCUAUGGGAAGAACCUCUGGGUUAUGAAGGGAAUGUUUAAAGCUAAUGGUGGUCGUGGUUACGUGAAAAAACCUAAGUUCUUGUUGGAACCUGAUUGUCAUCCUGUGCAGAAAACUCUGAAGAUAAAAGUCUACAUGGGGGAAGGGUGGGAUUUGGAUUUUCGGCGCACACAUUUUGAUCUGUAUUCCCCACCUGACUUCUUUGUCAAAAUCUCAGUUGUUGGAGCCAAAACUGACAAGGCUAAUGGACAAACAAAAGUAGUUGAAGAUGAUUGGUUGCCAGUAUGGAAUGAGGAAUUCGAGUUCCAACUGAAUGUUUACGAAUUGGCUAUUCUUAGGAUUGAAGUCCAUGAGUAUGACACAUCAGGAAAACAUGACUUUGGAGGCCAAACUUGUUUACCUGUAUCAGAAUUGAGAACUGGGAUUCGAGCAGUUCCAUUACAUAACCGUAAAGGAGAACAAUUCAAGCAUGUAAGGCUUCUAAUGGAAUUUGAGAUUGUUUGAUCUAACGAUGUUCAUUCAAUUAAUUGUACAGUGACUACUUAUAAUGCUAAUGCUGGAGAUGUUCUUUA